AUGCAAUUCCAUCUGAACGGAGUCAAAGGAUCCGGGGAUCCACUAGAAUCGCUAUUCGAGGGCGAGGAAACUGACUUCCAGAGCAGCUUGCCAUCAGAAGUAGAUGUUCUGAUUGUGGGAGCUGGCCCGGCUGGACAGUUGCUGGGAGCUCAACUCGCACAAUUUCCAGGCAUUACCACGCGCAUCGUCGAGUCUAAACAUGGCCGGUUGGAGCAAGGCCAAGCUGAUGGCUUGCAAUGCCGCACGAUUGAGGUGUUCGAAGCAUUCGGGUUCAGCGAGAAGGUUUUGAAGGAGGCGUAUUGGGUGAACGAGACAACUUUCUGGUCUCCUACUGAAGAUGGUCUUGGCUUGCGACGAAGUGGGAGGAUUCGAGACACAGAGGAAGGGUUAAGUGAAUUUCCGCAUGUGAUUCUCAACCAGGCGCGACUGCAUGAUCUUUGGCUCGAGGCCAUGAAGAAAUCCCCAACUAGACUUGAGCCAUCAUACUCUAGGAAAGUCGCAGAUCUGAAGCUUUCGAAAGGUGUUGAGCCCAUCGAAGUUGUCUUGGAACGGACAGACGCGAAGAAUCAAGGUCAACUUGAGCACGUUCGAGCAAGAUACGUGGUAGGAUGUGAUGGUGCAAGAAGUUCCGUCCGCAAGAGUCUUGGUUUGCAACUGAAAGGAGACUCGCAAAAUCAAGUCUGGGGUGUGCUGGAUGCUCUUAUAGUGACCGACUUCCCCGAUCUGAGGCUCAAAACCGCCAUUCACUCCGCGACCGAAGGAAGUGUUCUCAUCAUACCAAGAGAAGGGGGGUACCUGUGCAGAUUCUACAUCGAGAUGGAUAAGCUCAAGCAGGAUGAACGAGUAACAACCAAGGAUAUUACCAAGGAGACCCUCAUCAAAAGAGCCCAGCUGAUAUUCAAACCAUAUAUCUUCGAUGUUCGGGAGGUCGCCUACUGGUCCAUUUAUACCGUCGGCCAGCGACUCACAGACCACUUCGAUGAUGUCCCAAAGGACCAACGAGAGGAAAGGGACCCUAGAGUGUUCAUAGCAGGCGACGCCUGUCACACUCACAGCGCCAAGGCUGGCCAAGGGAUGAACGUUUCGAUGAACGAUGCCUACAACCUGGGGUGGAAGUUGGCGGCUGUGCUUCAUGGUCAUGCAAAGCCAAAACUACUGCAUACGUACUCGGAAGAGCGGCAGGCCAUUGCCAAGAUUCUUAUCGACUUCGACCGCGACAUGAGCAGGAUGUUCGCUGCGAAACCAAAAGGUAAAGAUGAUCAGACCGAUAGCGAGGACUCUGUGGAUCCAGCCGUCUUCCAAGAGUUCUGGGAGCGCCAAGCUCGUUUCAUGGCUGGUGUCGAGACACAGUAUACAUCUGGGCUACUCACCAUGUCAGACUCUUCACACCAAAAGCUUGCAACUGGGUACAAGAUAGGGACCCGUUUCCAAUCUUCCAUGGUCCUGUGUGCCGCGGACGCGAAGCCUGUGCAUUUUGGCCACACCAUGAAAGCCGAUGGCCGCUGGCGCAUUGUGCUGUUCGGCGAUGGAUCCGAACCGACGUCUCCCGAUUCCCGUCUUGCCAGAACGUGUGAGUUCUUGGGGAGGAAGCUGAUCCCGAAGUACACUCCAUUGGAAGCCGACGUUGACUCCAUCUUCGACGUGCGUGCAGUUUUUCAGCAAUCUCGCAAGACUUUCGACGUGACGGAUCUGCCAUCGUUGUUGUUGCCUCAUAAGGGCAAGUUUGGAUUGCAAGAUUAUGAGAAGGCCUUUACGGAUGAGGAGAGCUAUGGGUAUGGAUUCGGGGAGAUAUACAAGACCAGGGGCAUCAGCAAGACGGAGGGUUGUAUCAUUGUGGUGAGGCCGGAUCAGUACAUCAGUGCCGUGCUCCCGUUAGCAGAGGAUGCGUAUGGGCGUUUGGAAGACUUCUUCGGGGGAUUUAUGGUGGAGGUCGAGCGCUGA